AUGACGGACGACGAGAGGCCAAGGAAAUUGCCGAAGCUCGGACACGAUGACGAGACUACCCAUUCGGAGCUUGGACCUGCUAUGACUGGUGCCGUGCCAGUUGCGCCAGAACCCGCGAACACGGCCGUGUCUACGAUUGAAGCUGCGAAAUCCGAAGCGUCGGAGCCACAAAACGCCAAUGCCGAAUCAAGCGCUACUGCAGCUGCACCUACUGAAGGCGCAGAUGGUGACGCACCAAAAAUGUCCAAAAACCAACUAAAGAAGCUCCUCAAGCGACAGAAAUGGGAGAAUGAACGCGACCUGCGCCGGCUCCAACGGAGAGAAAAGAUGGCCGACAAAAAAGUGCGCCGACAAGCGAUGGUUGAGGAAGCCCGGGCGAAAGGUGGCGAGGAAGCCGUGAAGGAGUUGCGCAAGGGCUGGGAGGGUCUCCGGGCUAAGCACCGAAAGUCGACUCUGCUGCCCUUCACAAUUAUCAUUGACUGCGGCUAUGAUGAACUCAUGAACCCGAAGGAGCGCGUCUCCCUGUCAUCGCAAUUGACACGCUCAUACUCGGAGAACACACGGGCAAAAUGGCGGUCCAAUCUGAUGUUCAGCUCGUUCGAUAAACUACUCAAGGAUCGAUUCGACAACGUGCUUCCGGCGCAUAAAAACUGGAAGGGGAUCAAGAUCAUUCAGGAAGAUUUCAUGGUCGCUGCUGAAAUGGCGAAGGGCUUCAUGGGUCCUCCUCGGGGUGGAAGGUUUGCCGGCCCUUUUGCUAGCAUGACCGAUGCUAAACCCGAGGAUGGAGAGAUUAUCUAUCUCAGCAGUGACAGCGACAAUACUUUGACUGAGCUCAAGCCUUAUGAUACUUAUAUUAUUGGAGGACUGGUGGAUAAGAACCGACACAAGGCUGUCUGCUACAAAAGCGCCAUGGCGAAGGGUAUCAAGACGGCUAAGCUUCCUAUCGGCGAUUACAUCCAAAUGGCAUCUCGUUCGGUGUUGACGACCAACCAUGUCGUGGAUAUUAUGCUUAAGUGGCUGGAGUUGGGUGACUGGGGUGAGGCGUUCAUGAAAGUCUUGCCGCAGAGAAAGGGAGGAAAGUUGCUCACUGAAUCUAACGAGGCUGGAGAUGGAGAUGAGGCGGAGGAAGACCACGAAGACGAACAUGAGAAUGAUGAGGAUAUGAUCGCAGCGGUUGAGGCUGCCGCCGAGGAUGGAUGUGAGGAAGCGGAAGAGGAAUCAUGA